AUGGCGGCGGCAACGGCGCUACCGGUCUCCCUCUCGGGCAGGUUUAAGGGAUCCUUUGCGUAUUCUACAAUUAAAGACAGGCUGCCCCAGAUCCUCACAAGAGUUAUUGAUACUCUGCAUCGACAUAAAAAUGAAUUUUUUGAAGAACAUGGUGAGAAGGGUGUUGAAGCAGAAAAGAGAGCUAUAUCUUUCCUCUCCAAACUGCGGAAUGAACUGCAAACAGACAAACCGGUGACGCCUUUAGAAGAUGAGCUGCCGGAUGCUGCACUGUGGAACCAAUACUUAGACUACCAACGGAAUUUAUCGAAUGGAAAUGGACAACCAAGCUGGUUUCAGUCCCCUUGGUUAUACAUAGAGUGUUAUAUGUAUCGAAGAAUUCAUGCAGCAUUAGCACAGAACCCACCUAUUGACAACUUUGACGUAUUUAAGGAAGGAAAGGUUCAAAAUUUCUUUGAAUCCCAAGAGGCUGUUACUGCCUUGUGCACUUACUUUCAGGAACUUCUUAAAAACAUCAAGGAUCUAGAUGAAAAGCAACUUCAGGAGGAACUUUUUAAGCUAUUGCAGGUGUCACUGUGGGGCAAUAAGUGUGACCUUUCUUUUUCAGCUGGUGAAGACAGCUCUCAGAAAUCUAGUCCUUUACAAUCCCUGGAAAACAUGAUACCUUACAUCUUAGUGAAUGAUAUGGAAAAACUUUGGUCACUACUUGUAAAUGCCAAAAAAAGAAAUACAGAAAAAAGUAAUGUUAGAGUUGACAUAAUCCUGGAUAAUGCUGGAUUUGAACUUGUAAGUGAUCUUGUGUUGGCUGACUUCCUGUUAUCAUCAAAGCUGGCUGAUGAAGUCCAUUUUCACGGGAAAAGUAUUCCAUGGUAUGUGUCAGAUACCACAAAGCAUGAUUUUAACUGGACUGUUAAACAACUGCAGUCAGCUAAUCAUAAGUGGCUGUCUAGAUGUGGGAUAAACUGGGAGGGCAAUUUGAAAAAGGGAGUUUGGGUUUAUUGUGAUCACAUGUUUUGGACUUUGCCACAUGACUUUUCCAGUAUGGCUGAAGUUGCUCCUGACUUGUAUGCUGAUCUGCAGAAGUCAAAUUUGCUUCUUUUCAAAGGUGAUCUAAACUAUAGAAAAUUAACAGGAGAUAGAAAAUGGGAAUAUACUGUUCCGUUUCAUCAAGCCUUGAACAAGUUUCAUCCUGCACCUCUCUGUAGUUUGAGAACACUGAAAUCUGACACUCAGGUUGGCCUAAAAGCUGGACAAGGUGAACAGAUUCAGGCUUCUGAACCUGAAUGGAUGGAAUCUCAAGAUCACGUUCUUUUGGAUAUUCCUGUCACUAGAGAGCAGAUGAAUCACUAUCGAGCUGCAGCUGAAACUGCUCAAAGUGAACUUGCAGCACUUUCAGUGAAGUAUGAUUGUGCCCAGUCAGAGCUUCUUGAACUCAGGUCCAGAAUGGUCUCUAAAGAAGCCUCUUUUCAAGAGCUGAAGGCUGAAGCUGAAAGCUACAUGGAAAACAAUGCUAGACAGAUGUCUCGCCUCCUGUCUUUGCAAACCCGAAUUCAGGAGAUGGAGGAAGAGGCAUGUGCGCUCACCACUUCUAAAAACCAGGCUGAGCUGACAGCUCAGGCAGCAUUCAAGGAAAACUGGAAGCUGAAGGAGGAGCUUCAUGAGCAAAAUGCCAAGCUUAAUAAAUAUUUGAAUGAGUGUGAAGAAAGCAUGACUCAAGCUUCUAAAAUCAGCAGAAAGUAUGAAGAGCUCCUUACACAGAUUUCUGGAUUCUUGGACACAGACAUCAGAGAAAAAGAGAAACCACAGGAACAUUUAAUGUCAAAGGUCUCUGAAAUAUGUAAAGAAAAUCUGACACUAAAAGACCAGGUUGCUGCUCUUCAAGAUGCUAUCAAUGUCCAUGAGAUGGAGUCCAAAGCUAGUAGAGAAACUAUCAUGAGGCUUGUUUCAGAAAUGACCAAGGAGCAGAAAAAGGCAGCAGAAUACUAUCAAGACAUGAAAAAAUUUAGUAAGGAUCUUGACAGUGCUAUAAUAGGGAGACACAGUUUGGAGAUGGAGAUCAGAAACCUCCAAGAUAAACUGACUGCUAACCAGAAAGCUUUGGACGCCUCAAAGCGGGAACUGCACAAUCUGAAGAAAUCUUCCAGUGAGCUGGAUGGAAGCUUGAAGAGCAGCAGAAAAGAGGCCAGGACUGCUCAGAGCUCUUUAGUGGCUUUUAAAGAGCAAAUUGCUACCCUACUCAGCAGUGGAUCUGCAAUAGUUAAACCUUCUGAGAAGGCCAUUUUGGAGAGGAUCCAAGAAAUAAGUUGCAAAGAGGAGGGUAAAGAAACAAUGGUACCUCAGCUUGAAACCCAAAUAGCUAACUUGACUGAAGCUUUGGAAAAUCAGACCAGAUUGUACCAAGAAGCUUUGGAGAGGUGCAGGAAAGCUGAAAAAUGUUCUGAGACUUUCCAGGAUCAACUGAAACACUUGGAAGAGGAAUUACUGUCUGUAGAUGUGAUGCAAGAUGGUUUGAAGCUUGAGAAACAAAAAUAUCUGAAACUUCUGGAGAAACUUAAUGAGAAGAUGAAGCUGGGUAGCCUAGCAGCAGAGGUUGGAUUUGAUAUGAACGUGGAUGCAAUUCUAGCCCGGAUAGAGCAGUUAGUGAAACUGGAAGGUGAUGCAGUCAUUGAAAACAAGACUAUGGCAUAUAGCCUAAAAAGGAAGUUGAAGACUCAGAAAGAAAAACUUGAAAGCAAAGAGCUGUACGUGAACCUUCUGCGGCAGAAAAUAACCCAGCUGGAAGAAGAGAAGCAAGUAAGGACCGCCUUAGCUGUGGAGAGGGAUGAGGCCAAUCUCUCUGUCAGAAAGUUACAUAAGAUGAUAGAGAGGUUACAGAAGCAGCUUUAUCUGGCAAGGGAAACAAAUGCUGAUCUCAAAGCCAAGCUGUCUGAAACCAAUGAGCUUAAGAUCAAAACUUUGGAGCAGAACAGAACAAUAGAAGAACUCAAUAAGUCUCAAGGCAAAUUGGAAAGAAUGAAAGAAAGGGCUGAGAAACAACUUACCUCUGUCAAAUCAGAACUUCUUUUAAAGGAGCAUAAAGCUACUGAAGAUAAAGAAAAAGCAAAAAAUAUGUUAGAAGCAGUUACCAGUGAGAUGAAGGUGCUUAAAACAACCCUUGCAGAAUUAGCAAAAAGAGAGAGACAGCUGGCAGACUUCCGAGAGGUGGUCUCGCGGAUGCUGGGCCUCAACAUUGCCAGCCUGGCUCUUCCUGACUAUGAAAUCAUUACACGUCUUGAAGGGUUGAUUCACACGCAUCAGCACCACUACUUCCCCUGUGUCUGCCUUGGAGAUGUCUCAAGGGCACCAGAGAAACACUCGCAAAGAAACAUACAGCAUCUUCACUGA